AUGGUCGCGCGCCUCACCUGCUGCUGCUGCGCCGCAGCCGCUGUGAGCCGCCCGUGUGCCACCGCGCGCUCCCGCCCCUCGUGCGCGCGCGUCCGCACCGUGGCCUCCUCCCCGCGCGGCCGCGCUCGGCCGCGCCCGCUCCCUGCCACGCUCCGCCCCUGGCCUCCUCCUCCUGCCGCUGCUGCUGCAGCCUCGCGACGCCGUCGCCCUACCACGUCGCGCCGCCGCCGCUCGACUGUCGUCCGCGCCCGUCGUCCGCCCCGCGCGCCCGCACUCGGCUGCAUCGCGCCUCGCGCCCACCUGCACCGCGCCUCGUGCGCUCCCGCUGCCGCAGCCCCGCCAGGCCUCCACGCGCGGCCGUGCCCGCCGCUGGCAGGCCGCCCUGGCUACUGGUCUCGCCCCGGCGCGCUCCCUGCGAGCGAGCGCCCGCCCAGGCGCACGUCGCCCUUCGCCCAUUAG